ACUAGGCUUGUUCCUUACCUACCUAGCUCUCUGUCACUUUGCAGUAGACAUGGCGGCACUCAGAAGACUUAUUACCGGAAACCCAAAACACUCUUCCCUUAUUCCUCCUACCCUUCUUAUUUGCCGUAGAGGUAUCGCCUCGAAGCUCUUCGUUGGAGGUCUGUCAUUUUUCACCACAGAGAAAGGAUUAUUAGAUGCAUUUUCCCAGUAUGGUCAAGUUAUGGAAGCCAAAAUUGUAACCGAUAGAGUUUCGGGUAAAUCAAAAGGUUUUGGAUUUGUUACUUAUGCAUCUGAAGAUGAAGCUGAGAAAGCAAUAACUCGGAUGGACGGAAAGGCACUGAAUGGACGUGUUAUUUUUGUUGACUAUGCGAAACCCAUAUCUAAUUUGGGUGGUUCACCUAUAGCCAGGGGACCUCCUGAUCCAAUAACCAAAAACUGAUUGCUUUGAUAAAGAUACAUACAUGUCAAAGACACUGGCAGUGAGAAUUAGGUACAAUCUUAUGUUAUAUACAAAGCAUAUUAUCCUAAUAAUUCAUUUGCACAAUGAUAAAAGUGGUUCACAGUCAUUUCAGAUCAAUCUAGCAGCCCUGAGGCCUGCUUAGCACUAGAAAGCAAGAGCUGAUAGAAGUUUGCAUCAAAAUAUUGUGGUCAAACAAUCCUGUGAAGGACAUUGGCUACUAAAGCUCAUAGGUUGUUUUAGUAUUUGUUAUUGUAGUUGGUUGGGCAUGAUGCACGUAGAGUAUGUUGAAGUAGCGGACACUUAAAGCUGGCUUCUUGAAGAACAAAUAAGGUACUAAGAAGCUUAAAGGCAUCAGCAGUAGCAAGGGCUUAGGAUUGAAUCAUAAGACUGUAUUAAUAAUUUAUGAAUUUGAGUUAUAGAUGAGGCUCGUAUUGAAAGUGUUUAUUCAUCAUCAUGUUGGUUGGUUAUCACCCGUGAUACUAAAAUAUCAUUGUAGACCUUGAACGAUAACUUGGGCCAACCUUUCUUUUUCACUCAUUGUAUUUUAUUUGAGUAAUAGUUUCACUAAUUUGCACGUGUUU